AUGGCCCGCCCGAGCCCCUGGCGUCGGCCCGCCCAGCGCUUCCCCCUGUUCCCGCACCUCGCCGUCGUGCCCGCGCUGCUGGCCAUCGCCACGGCCGUGUCGCUCUUUGCGCACUCGGACGUCAACGCCGCGCUCCUGUGGUCGCAGUGCCACGCGCGCGCCCUGCUCCCCGCGCUGAGCAGGGUGCCCGUGCUGGGCACGCCGUCGUGCUUCCUCGUCGGCUUCCUCUACGCCGCGCUCGACUCGCUGCGCAGCAGGGCCGUCAUGGGCGUCAUCCUCGCCUUCGUCGGCGCCCUGCUGACCGUGUCGACCGUCGAGUCGGCCCGCAAGGUCAACGCCCGCAGCCCCGUCGUCUCGAGGCCGACCCUGCCGUGGCUCGUCUUCAACCUCGGCGGGGGGGCCCUGGUCUGGCAGCUGGUCAUUGUGCCGGCCUUUAUCCAGGCCGCGCAGGCCUGGCCACCUGCCCGGCGUGAGGGCGGCGACGACGACGACGACGACGAGGCGGUGCCGGACGGACACGGUCGCGAGAGCGAGGCCGACGCGGGCCGCCACGUCUCUCGCGCAGACGUGGUGGCCAUCCCGGUCGCCGUCGCCCUGGGGUACUACGUCCCCUCGGCGCUGAUGCUCGGCCUCCCGUCCCCCGUCGCCAUCGGGUCGUGGCUGUUUUCCCCGGCCUACGUGUCGCUCAUCCGCCGCUUCGUGCGGCACUCGCUGCGGCAGUGGCCGAGGUUCCGCCCCGCCCGUGCCAUCCACCUCGAGGCCCACGCGAGGGCCCUCGCAGCCGUGUACGCCCUGCCCGUCCUGGGCUCUCUGCUCGCCCAUGGCUUCCUCAUCGGCAACCUGGCCGCCGGCGCCGACGACCGCCGCGAAAUGACCGUCUCGGCCAUGGCCCUGAUCGUGAUUGAGUUCCAGUACAUUGGCCUGACGCUCCUGUACUGGGUGUUCGUCGAGGUUGGGUGGCGCGCGCCCCUGGCCAUUGCCCUCUUGUCCGUCUUGCUGGGUCCCGGGGCCGGCACGGCCGUGGGGUGGGUGUAUCGCGAGAAGCUGAUUGCCUCGCAUCUGGUCGCGCAGCCGCUCGCUUCCGCUGGCGACGUCGACGACCAAGAGCGCGGGCCGGGGCAGGCUGAUGAGCAGACGCCGCUGCUCCAGUAG